AUGUCGACAAUGCUCACCAGCGUCUUGAUGGCGGACGUCAUUGAUCCGCAGACAGCUGUCCUGCAUAUACCCAAGAUGAUUCGCCAGGACGAGUACGGCUACAGAACCAGCGUCGAUGGUAAGGAGGUCACGCCUUUGACCGUCAUCCCUCUCAAUCAGGCAUUUCACAUCUCCAAAGCCGGUGGUUCCGCCUCCUCUUCCUUCAUCUUGAAACGUUUCGCAGAGGGAUACUACGUCUGCUCGUGCCCAGCUUGGAAGUUCAGCACAGAGCGCGACAAGAUGCGCAAGACCUGCACGCACCUCAAGGACGUGCUUGGAGAGCAGUACGAGCAUGAUCGCAUUGCUCUAGCAAAAGAGGCCAAGAGUACCAUCUUCGAGCAUUCCAAGUUCCGCAGAACAACAUCUGAUGGUCACCAUGCCCGGCAUACACAUGCCAAGAGCAUGUUGGACGAUCACUUUCGACAGCUCUCACAGAGUCAGCCCGAUGUACCGUCUUCGAAUAAGGCUCCUGGAUCCAGCCUGAACGAGGUACCCAGCAGGACGCCGAUCGAUGAACCGACACGCCCGCGCAGCACGGAUCCUGUCAACACUUCAAAACCGACACCACGUAGCGCAUCCGCACCCCAGGCCGCGGGAGACAGCGAAACAGAGACGGAAGAGGAAGAUUUCGUUCCUUCGAAAGCCGUACCGUCGCAUCGUCCCGUGACCUCAACUUCAAUGUCGGUCCAUCCCGUUUCUUCUACAGGUGCCGGCAAUACCCGACCAGCCUACGAUGACGAUGACACUGUCGAUUAUGGGUUUGAUCCAGAUGAUGUGCAAAGGUCGCCCUCGAAACGCGCUCGCCGAGGCAAGAAGUCUGCACGCGACAGCGAUGACGAUAAGGUAUCUCUGUUGCUGGCCAAGCCCUGGCUGUUGGACGCUGAUCCUUCCAAGCCUCGAUCAAGGGCGAUGGAUCCCACAGGUUGGUGGACCAGCGAAAAGCUCGACGGUGUGCGCGCAUUCUGGGACGGGCAGAGACUCUACUCUCGUCAGAAGAUCGAAUGGAACGCGCCAUCUUGGUGGAAGAGUCGGUUGCCCAAGGACAUCACCCUGGAUGGCGAGCUGUGGAUGGCGCGAGGCACGUUUGACCAAACAUCGCAAAUCUGCCGUACAACUAGUUCCAACGAGUGGAAUCGCAUCAAGUUUAUGAUCUUCGACUCGCCUUCAAUUGGCUCAAGACCGGUGGAAGAACGCUGGGCGGAGAUCGAGAAGCGGUUUGGGUCUACCGAAGCGCUCGAUAUCGACUCUUUGCAAGGUCCGCAAAUCAAGUUGGUCAAGCACAUCAAGUGCGAAGGUCGAUCACACCUGACUGAGCUCAUGGAGGCUGUUGAGCUCAAAGGCGGUGAAGGACUGAUGCUCCGCCAACCCGGAUCGAAGUACGAGGGCAGACGAGGCAACACGCUGUUCAAACUCAAAUCGUGGUACGAUGCCGAAGCGGAGGUGAUUGGCUAUGCGGACGGCAGUGGGCGACACGAAGGACGCACCGGCUCCCUUGUCGCUCGUAUGGCAUGCGGCACUGUCUUCCGCGUCGGCACGGGCAUGUCAGAUGCGCAACGGGAGAAUCCGCCACCCAUUGGGAGCAUCAUCAACUACCGCUUCUUUGAGCUCAGCGAGGACGGAUAUCCUCGUUUCCCCGCCUUUCGAGGAGUCGCCAGAGACAAGUCGAAACCGAAAGACGCCGUUGUCCGGCCCCGGGCUGGUGCGCUUCGGGCAGCAGAGGCUUGA